AUGGCGAGUGUGCUGCCCAGUCCGCCGUCCAGCGAUGACCACCUGACCUCGGCUGGGUUCUUCAGUCACGUGCCGGCUUGGACUACGACGACCAUUUUGCCCGGACUUUCUAGAAGCAGCCGUGAGUUUGACUGCCGGCCAUGCACACCGGAGACGCCCGACGACUCUUCAAGCCGGGACUCGGACUCCUCGCCGAACCACGUACUCAAGGACGGCGGCAGUGCGCUGCAGGACGGGUGCGCAACGGUGACGUCAUCUUCGUCUUCGUCGCCGAAGUCGGCCUACAAACACGUGCCGCACCGCGAGAAACCUCCGCACCUGGUGGCCCGAAGGAACGCCAGGGAGCGGCGCCGAGUGCAGGCGGUGAACAACGCCUUCUGCAGGCUACGGAAAUGCGUGCCGGUUGAGAACAGGGCUAAGAGACUGUCAAAGGUCAAAACCCUUCACAGAGCUAUCGAAUACAUUCAGGCCCUUCAGCAUCUUCUCACGGAAGCGGACAAAGCUGUUACGUCAUCUACCACUACACCCGAAGUCUGCACUCCUAGCGCAACCUAUCCAGAAACACCAGCGCCAGUUUGUGACAAGGAGAACGAUGCUAGUCAACGCUGGAUAACUCUGGAAAACGCGCCCGUUUGCGGAACGGACAGUUAUUCCAGUUACCUCAACUUCUACGAGGAAUGUGGCAUAACGUUUGCCAGUUGACUUCGCUGAAACACUCCGCGAAACCCGGUCUACAUAAAACCCCACACACUUCGGAGCAUCGUGCACCUUGCUGGCGAGCACCUCGUGUGACGUCAAUCAUCGACGAGGCCAACAUGUGACGUCACACAAUGACCAUGGACACAAAUAACUCAGUGGCUCCUGUGGAUUCGUGCGACUUAUAAAGAUGACAGUGAAGCUGAUCACGCAUUGCUGUAUCGUGAGGCCAUUUCCCAAAGGUGUGGCAUAGUGAACUGACGGGCUCCGUUAUACCGUUAGUGCAGAGCAACUGUGACUGAUGCUGUUCGUGACGCUCCAUUUUUUGGAGCGUAGUCCCCAAAUGAUCGAGACAUACCUCUGCAACCCGUGUACAUAGUUUUGACUUGUUUACGUGCUCGCAAUAGCCUAAUUCAUUUCCGAGAUUCGGGGCACAAGUGAUUCUCAAGAUAUGCGAAAUGAUACAUUCCAUAGGUUUGCGAUAGCAUGUCUCAGUUCCGAGAGCUUGGGUACAGGUGACUCCCAAGAUAUGUGACAUCAUUCCAUGGACACUACCAUUUUUUACCUGCUUAACGAGUGCCAUCACCCGAGCUUAAGUACGAAAAUCAUUCAGCGCAUGAAUGUUCUUCAUCAUGCAAGGGAGCCUUCGUCCCGAACCACAAAGCAUGAGAGGACGUCAUACCGUCGAAAGUAUCCGAGUGAUUAUCUUUUUGCAAGACUGUUGUAUUUUCCUCGACCUUCUGGAGAAUUUGAGCAGUAUUACGACUGGUCACAAGUGUGUCUUACCUACUCAUUUUCUCGCGCUCUUUUUCCGUGUUGCCAAACGUUUAGUACUCAUUUUCAUUUGUUUCGUUGCGUAUGUGCCUAAGUCAAGUACGUCUAAGGGCACACAGUGGUGAUCUGUUGAACCUCUAUGCAAGACUGUGUUAUACAUAAGACAUCAGGGAUUUUGUCUCCAAGGAACACUUCUGGCCACCGCGUUAUGGGCAUUUGAUGCGGCAAGACUGCUUAAUUUUUUUUCUCAUUAAUUAUGUGUUUUCUCGGGGCAUUUGCUUGUGUGUAUACUCAAGGACGUUCCUUUCAAAGUGGCAUUGCAGAGUUUUCCUAGUCUUUUCUGUUUUUUUUUUCUCGUUGUUACUUGUAUUCUCCUCUUGUUGUAAAUACGAGCUCACUCUGUGGCAGAAGAGAUUUGCAAAUUCAAUAAAAAAUGAAUUAAAAAAGA